CUGCCCGGCUCGUUAGCGUAGCUGCACCCGCGGGGCGGAAGUGUGGACUCCGGGAGAGCGCGGUCAGUAGCCCAGGUGCGGGCCGGGGUUGGGGCCGGUUGUGUGCCGGCGUCAGUUUGUAGCUCCAGACGGCCACCAUGAAGCGGGACGUGCGCAUCCUACUGCUGGGCGAGGCCCAGGUGGGGAAGACGUCGCUGAUCCUGUCGCUGGUGGGCGAGGAAUUCCCGGAGGAGGCCACUCUCAAGACCGGUCUGCUUCAGGUCCCGCCUCGUGCAGAAGAGAUCACCAUUCCCGCAGACGUCACCCCAGAGAAGGUGCCCACCCACAUUGUGGAUUCCUCAGAAGCUGAGCAGACGGUUGAAGAGCUCCAGGACGAGAUUCACAAGGCAAACGUGGUAUGUGUGGUAUAUGACGUGUCCGAGGAAGACACCAUCGAGAAGAUCCGAACCAAAUGGAUCCCACUGGUGAAUGGAGAGACUAAGACGGGGCCCAGGAUCCCUAUCAUCCUGGUGGGCAACAAGUCAGACUUGCGGCCGGGGAGCUCCAUGGAGGCUGUGCUGCCCAUCAUGAGCCAGUUUCCUGAGAUUGAGACCUGUGUGGAAUGCUCGGCCAAGAACCUGAGGAACAUCUCAGAGCUGUUCUACUAUGCACAGAAGGCUGUGCUGCACCCCACGGCCCCACUCUAUGACCCUGAGACCAAGCAGCUGAGGCCCGCAUGCACCCAGGCCCUCACGCGAAUCUUCAGGCUCUCAGACCAGGAUCUGGACCAGGCGCUCAGUGACGAAGAACUCAAUGCUUUCCAGAAGUCCUGUUUUGGGCACCCUUUGGCCCCGCAGGCCCUAGAGGAUGUGAAGAUGGUAGUGCGAAAGAAUGUGGCAGGAGGUGUGCGGGACAACCGGCUGACCCUGGAUGGCUUCCUCUUCCUGAACACGCUCUUUAUCCAGCGUGGCCGCCACGAGACCACAUGGACCAUCCUGCGGCGCUUUGGCUAUGGGGAUACACUGGAGCUAUCCUCUGACUAUCUCUUCCCUCCGCUCCACGUGCCCCCUGGCUGCAGCACAGAGCUCAACCACUUUGGCUACCAGUUUGUGCAGAGGGUGUUUGAGAAGCAUGACCAGGACCAUGAUGGCGCCCUCUCACCGGCAGAGCUUCAGGGCCUCUUCAGUGUGUUCCCAGCUGCCCCCUGGAGCCCCCAGUUCCUGUGCACAGUCCGUACCGAAGCAGGCCGGCUGUCCCUGCAUGGGUACCUCUGCCAGUGGACCCUGGUGACCUACCUGGAUGUCCAGCACUGUCUCGAACACCUUGGCUACCUGGGCUACCCCACCCUCUGCAAGCAGGAUUCCCAGGCCCACGCCAUCACAGUCACUCGUGAGAAGAAGCUGGACCAGGAGAAGGGACAGACACAAAGGAAUGUUCUCCUGUGCAAUGUGGUGGGGGCCCGAGGAGUGGGCAAGUCUGCCUUCCUGCAGGCCUUCCUCGGCCGUGGCCUGAGGCAUCAGGAUGCCAGGGAGCUCUGCGAGGAGCCUGCCAUCUAUGCCAUUGACACGGUGCAGGUCAACGGGCAAGAGAAGUAUCUGAUACUAUGUGAGGUAAAUGCAGACAGCCUACUGGCCUCCGCAUGUGACGCUGCCUGUGAUGUCGCCUGCUUGAUGUUCGAUGGUAGUGACCCCCAGUCAUUUGCGCUCUGCGCCAGCGUCUACAAGCGCCAUUACAUGGACAGGCAGACCCCCUGCCUCUUUGUCUCCUCCAAAGCCGACCUGCCUGAAGGUGUCUCGCUGCCUGGCCUAUCUCCGGCUGAAUUUUGCCGUAGGCAUCGGCUACCUGCCCCCACUUUGUUCUCCUGCACUGGCCCAGCAGAGCCCAGCACAGCCAUCUUCACCCAGCUUGCCACCAUGGCCACCUUCCCCAGACACCUGGUCCAUGGGGAGCUGCACACCACCUCCUUCUGGCUCCGGUUGACACUAGGGGCUGUCGGGACCGCUGUUGCUGCCAUCCUCAGUUUCUCACUCUACAGGGUCCUAGUGAAGAGCCGAUGAGGCCCCAGGGCCAUGCAGUCUGAUCUCGGGGCCCCAGGGUGCUGGUGUGGGGCCACCCACUGGGUGGGGCUUCCAGAGUCAAAACAUUGUUUCCGAAGACAGCCCAGCGUUUCUGCUCACUGCCCAGCAUCAAGGGUGGGCCCCCAGGACCCACCAGCCUAUGUCCUGCCCAGCAUCACCUACCUUUGUGGGCAUCGUGUUGGAGGGAUUGCGGGACAUGGUUGAGGAAGCCAUUGACCCAAGACCUGAAUUCUCAGGGCUCUACUCCUUCUGGUCCCAGACAGCCAGUGGGUAUGAAGGAAGUCAGAGGGCAGCACUUUGGACCAAAAUUGGGGAGUGGGGGCAGGAGUGGCUGGACCACUGUAUGCUCCCCUCCCCACCACAUUGGGGGACUGGUCCAGGGUUGCACCCUUCAUGGGAGACAUGAGGUUGGGUUUCCUGAUUAAACUUCAGUGUCUUUUUCAUUUUGGACUCUA